CCUAAUUAACUUAGUUAUUAUUGCUUGAAGUAGCUAGCAAUUUUAAUUUCUCAUGAUCCGUGGAACGCAUCCCUCGGAAACAUUGGCCCUGCAUUAUGUAUAGCCUUGCAUCAUUGGAGGAUUUUGCGACCCGCAGCUAAUUAAUAGAUGGGACUACAGUUAUGUAACUUGGAGAGCUCUAGGCUGUGUUCAGCCACCCUUGAAGGGAUUUGCCUCAAACAGCAAAGAACUUGGAACUGGUGGUAUUAUUCUUAUUAGUUAUCAUGUUUCAGGAAACAUUGGCCCUGCAUUGGUUUUAAUUCAUGGUGAUCAUAUUGAAUUGAAUGGUCACGAAGACAUUCAGGCAAAUGUAUGUGCAGUAAUUGUUUCAAGUAUACUUCAAAAACAUGUUAUGUGAACAAAUAAUGUUACGAGAUUACAUUAUAUUAGCCCUUACCAAGUAAUGUUAAUAGAUGACACUUAUGGUUUGGCAUUACUUGGCAAGGGCUAAUAUAAUGUAUUUCCAAGCUGACACACCACUGGUUUUCUUCAAGGCCAUGGCUUGGCAUUAUGGUUGAUAAUUCCCAAGCUGACAUUGUGGCUCACAGACACGGUGUGGUUUUGAUUCUCAGUGAGAGGCUUCAUGGGGCAACUGCUCAGUUUGACCAGUUAAGAGCCACACGGUUUCAAGAAGCUGUUAAUAGAGCAACGCCGAGAAGAAAACCGCAAAAGGUGUCCAUUUCACACUCAAUGGAUGCACCUAGAUCUGUAUGUGCAGAGGUCAGGGAGCCACAUGAGUUUCCACCAGAACCUCUUAGGGUUCAGCUACAGCUCUUGGAUGAUGAAACACAGGCUCUUCAGGUAGAGUUGUCUAAUCUUCUGGAUGCUGUGCAAGAAACUGAAACGAUGAUGGUCGAAAUGUCUGCCCUAAAUCACCUCAUGUCCACACAUGUUCUUCAACUGCAGGCUCAGCACAUUGAGUUUUUGUAUGAGCAGGCAUUGAAGCUACAAACAACGUAGACAUGGGUAACAAGGAGCUCACACAAGCCAUUGACAGCAACAGCAGCAGCAGCAGCAGACCCUUUCUUUUGCUUUUCUUCUUUGUUCUAACAUUCUCUAUAGUUUUUCUUGAUCAGUACAAGAGCUGAGACAAAUAAAUCUCUUCAGUUUGUAUUCCGCCUUCAUAUUUUCUUCACUUUCUGUUUGUUCUCCCUUUCUUUGUUUACUUGAUUUCACUUGUAGUGGGUAAUGCCAAAAAUGAAAUCAGAAAUGAAGAAGAACAGAUUUAAUGAAAUUAACUUUU